UAUAGUGUGUCGAUAAGAAAUGUGAAACCAAGAAAACUCUUAGUCAAAGACAUGUGUCGUGGACGUUUUAAAGUACAGCAUAUCAAAUCAAAUCAUACUUCUUUCUUGCUAAGCUUUAUUCUUGUUUUAUCACUUUAUCAUCUUCCCCUACUUUCUUUCGUCCACCAAUUAUUACUCUGAACGCAGAAAUGGCUACAACUACAACAAUAAUUCUCUUCACCUUGAUGACACUUUCUCUCAUAUGGGCAUGGAGGAUUUUGAAUUGGUUAUGGUUGAAGCCAAAAAAGCUAGAAAAGUUGCUAAGAGAACAAGGACUAAAAGGAAAUUCAUAUAGGCUUUUAGUUGGAGACAUGAAUGAUCUUCUUAAGAUGAGAAAGGAAGCAACAUCUAAACCUAUGAAUCUUUCUGAUGAUAUUGUGCCUCGUGUGUAUUCCUUUGUACAUCAAAGUGUUACAAAACAUGGAAAGAACUCUUUUAUCUGGUUUGGACCAACACCAAGGGUGAACAUAACAGAUCCUGACCAAAUUAAAGAUGUAUUAAACAAAAUUUACGACUUCCAAAAGCCUAAUGCGAACCCGCUUGUCAGGUUACUAGCUAAUGGUCUUGUAAGUCUUGAGGGAGAACAGUGGAGCAAGCACAGAAAGAUAAUCAAUCCUGCAUUCCAUUUAGAAAAAUUGAAGAUCAUGUUACCAAUAUUCCACAAAAGUUGCGAUGAUCUGAUUAGCAAAUGGGAGAAAAUGUUGUCGUCAGAUGGAUCAUGUGAAAUGGACGUAUGGCCUUUCCUUCAAAAUUUUGCCAGUGAUGUUAUUUCUCGAGCAGCGUUUGGAAGUAGUUAUGAAGAGGGAAAAAGAAUAUUUCAACUUCAAACCGAACAAGCUGAACUUACAACUAAAAUUAUGAUGAAAGUUUAUAUCCCUGGAUGGAGGUUUCUACCCACUGCUACACCUAGGAGAAUGAAAGAAAUUGACAGAGACAUAAAAGCUUCGCUUACAGAUAUGAUUAACAACAGAGAAAGAGCACUAAAGGCAGGUGAAGCAACUAAGGAUGAUUUGUUAGGUAUACUUUUAGAGUCAAAUCACAAAGAAAUGGAAGAACAUGGCAACAAUAAGGAUGUCGGAAUGAGUCUUGAUGAUGUGAUAGAGGAAUGCAAGCUAUUCUACUUUGCAGGCCAAGAGACCACUUCUGUUUUGCUUGUUUGGACAAUGGUGUUAUUGAGUAGGUACCCCGAUUGGCAAGCGCGUGCAAGGGAAGAAGUAUUACAGGUCUUUGGCAACAAUAAACCUGAUUUUGACGGGCUAAGUCAUCUUAAGAUUGUCACCAUGAUUUUGUAUGAGGUUCUUAGGUUAUACCCACCAGUAAUCGCACUUGCUCGAAGAGUUCACAAAGAUGUUAAACUUGGAAACCUAGCAUUGCCAGCCGGAGUGCAGGUUUUCUUAUCGAUAAUUAUGGUUCACCAUGACAUAGAACUAUGGGGUGAAGAUGCUAAGGUGUUCAAUCCCGAGAGAUUUUCUGAAGGUGUUUUAAAAGCAACCAAUGGAAGAAAUUCAUUUUUUCCAUUUGCAGGGGGUCCUAGAAUUUGCAUUGGACAGAACUUUUCCAUGUUGGAAGCAAAGAUGGCAAUAGCAAUGAUUUUACAACGUUUCUCAUUUGAACUUUCUCCAAGUUAUGCCCAUGCCCCGGCUACGGUAAUUACGCUUCAGCCACAGUAUGGUGCUCAUAUAAUUCUACAUAAACUGGAAUUGUAAAAUUUAUAAUUUUCUUAUUUCCUUAUUAGAAUGCUUGUAAUAUUGCUGAUAAAACAAUACUCUUAUGAUGUAAAACAGAAAGCUCAUAAUAUAAUAAAAGAUCAUAAUAUAAUAAAAGAGUAUUUGUUCGGAGAUAUUAA